UGCAACAUCCCAUCCCGCUGCUAAAAAUUAAAAAAAAAAAAAAUCGAAAAAUAGCGAAACCAUCGCAGACUCCACCGCUAAAAAAACCGCCCCAGUAAACAGCCCCAAAAGUCCAACCCCAAGAGCUGUCAAUUUAUUUUCAAUUCUCACGAACUUUAUAAUCGGUGUGACAAAAAGGAUUGGACACCAGUGAAGGGAUUGGAGAUCGGAGGGGAAAAUAAUAAAAAAAAAAAAGAUUGAGAGGGGACCGGUUUGAUGUACUAGUGUGUGAUUGCACUCGAUUAACGCUUUCUACGCCGAAUCCUGGAGCGAAAUAGCGUUUCAUCGAUCGGGCCCAAGAGUAAAGGAAGGAAGGAGAGGCUUUUAGAGCAACUUUCCACCCCCUGCGCAUACGCCUCCUGUAGGUGUUGUCCUCUAGAUUGUGUCAGUGUGUGUUGUGUGUGUGAUUUUUGAUAGUAUUGUAGAGCGGGAUGCUGUGGACGAGUACGAGUCACCGCGUGCUGGGGUCAACGAGCCGAUAAAACCAAGAUCCUCUGAUAUUUCAACUUCGUCAAUAGACCGAUUGAAAUGACAAUUGUGUGCUGUACGUGUCUUUUGAGGGGGCGGGGGACUCAACCGCAUUUCCAUUUUCCGUGUAAAUAGGAGAAUUUUCAAUUAUUCUGUUUGUCCAUGGUGGGAAUUCGGGGGUCAGCGCAAAUACACUCGACCACUCACAUCCUGCUAACUCUUCGGACGAUCCCUUCGUACGAGGUUUACUGACAUCCCACGAAUGCUGGAGAAAUGCCCCAGCGUGAGAGCCAAUCGCACCGAUAAAGGGAUGAAUAAAAAAGGGUUAAAAAAUUGUUGAAAGAGUAUUUCAGUUUGAGCGAACACGAGACGACCGUAGGGUGAAGGAGCAGAAAAAAAGGGAAAAAAAGGGGAGAAAAAGAGAAAGAAAGUGUCUGCUCAACGAUUAUACAUGGAACGUCGGCGUGCCACCGUCGGUGCCGACAUCCGACAUUAUCGCUCAACAAUUUCAAGCUUUUAACGAAGAAUUUGUCAAUAAUUUUUUAUUUAAAAGUCUCGAGUCAUCAUGUCGAUGACCGGUAGUCUGAUGGGUUACGAGAACAACAACGAUGUCAAUCAGUUAAAAUGCAAAAAACCACUGAAAACACUGCCUACGGUGGCUAACACCAAUUCGGCAACUGUUGCACCAGUCACGUCAGCAACUACGGCAACAACUACAACGAUCAGUAAUUCCAUUGGUGGUAAAUCUAAACAAUACUCAAAGACUGAGAGGAGGAGGGAAUCAUGCAAUCGUGGUCAUGCCAAUGGAUUAUGGUCGGUUUGGUAUGGAAUUCUUGCUGUUACGCUUCAGGCGUAUGUGGCCACCAGAUGUGCUAAAAGAUUCGUCGCGUAUUUAUCGUUACCAUGGCCAGCGGAAGUUCAGCCGCCAAAAAUUGAGUUGCACGCUUGCAUAGUCCUGACAGGAACGGGUGUUCUUCUUCUGCCAAUUCUGGUAGCCGCAGCUUUUCUGAAGCUCGGCAAUCUUGCAAAUGAUGGUGUCAAACUUGGAAGACACAGCAGCACCUGCACCCGAGACCCACCAUCUUCACUGCUGUCAGAUGGACCGGAUGGAACUGGCUUGGCGAGUAAUUUAUGGAAGCACGGUGGUCCAACCGCGGCCUUCGUUCAUCUCUGCACAGCCAUGUGCUUUCUUUUGCCCUCCUUGCUCAUGGAAGCCAGGCUCAUACACGCUGGAUUUUUGCCAAAAGAUGCAAUUUGGCGAACAGAUCUCGAUUUCGUAGUGGUACACCGAGACCGAUUGGUUUUUCUAAGUUUCAUGAAUCCCCCUGGUAAUUUAACGAGUCUGACAAACAUUCAAUCACACACAACGACCUCAACACCGUACGAUCAAUUGGACGAUCUAUCGUGGAGUUCUGGUACACCGAAUUUUAAUGGAAUGGAGUCUCUAGCCCACGAGACACUCCCACCAAUCACCAAUACUCCUGGGACACAAUCCAAUUCACAAUUUCCAAUCACAUUUCCAUCGUCAGACGUAACCGAACAAAAAGAGACCGAUAAUCCAACUGAUUUACCUAAUUUUACCGUAUCAUCGGGCAAAAUAACGGAUUCAAUAUUAACAGUUUCACCGACCAAGUUGAUUAAAUCUCCCAGUGCGACACCGGGUCCAUUUAGCGUUGCAAAGCGAGCUAAUAAUGGGAAAAUUCUCGGGAGUAAGGGAAAUGGAAAAGCCAGGGUGAAAACAAAAAAAUCUGGAGGUAGACCGAGCACUACUACCACUGUGGAAUCGCAGAGAGAUAAUAUGACUGGCUAUUCGUUGCCACUGGAGAUGAAAAGUAUAGCGGACCUCGACCAUCCGGAGCAUCUCAAUGUGGAUAUUAACGAAGAUGUUGAUUACCGAUCAAUGGGACAUGCAAUGAGCCUCGAGUACUUGAAUUACGCCAUGGCACUGGGUGUCUAUUCGGUGCGUUAUCCCGCUGUCUUCUGGUCCUGCAAUAAGGUCCUGGGGACGAUAUUCUCGAUUCAACUGGUCGUCAAUUCAGCUCAGAGUUUAAUGGCUUAUGCCGGCAUGUCCAUUCUCUAUAAAGUACAAGUCGUUGGACCGCACAAAGUUCUGCCUCUGAUGAGACAUAGAACAGUACAUCCAACUGCUGUUCCAUCGAGCGGUGCCCAGAGAGUCAUAUCAAACUUAUUCGGUGACAAUAGUCAUUUUCUCCUGAAUCCACACGUCACACUCGCUCUGUUUGCCCUGUCUUCAUUGUUGGUAUUGUGCUCCAGCAUGGUGACCUAUCUCUACGCCUACGGAAGAUUUUCAUCGUUUGUGGAGCAGGAGCGGGAGAGGCGGGUGAUAAUGUCGAAGGAAACACGUAGAAAUGGCUCUGGCUGGACAUAUUUUACACAUUGCGCUGCAUUGUGUGUCUUCCUGGCAAUAGCAAUUUGCAAUGCUCCACUACUUUACGAUUAUACGGUUGUGUACCGUGGUAGUCUCGAUGGUGCAAUAUUGGCGUGUAUACUCAGUACAGUUGUGCAUCUGAUACUCUGGCUGGUUUUAUGGUUCUUCCUCACAAUCAAAAGAAAUUGGGUAUUCAAGGUGCGAGUGACAAUAGCAAGGGCCACUGUCAGAUCAUCGAGAUCAGUGAAGCUCGUUACGGAUGUUGAUUUAUUGGCGUGUAGAACCAAGAACGAUAAUGAGGAUGAUGAUGACGAUGAGGAGCCUGAUAUUGAUCAGGAGGGGGUUGGCACCCCUUUGCUGGUCGUUGGAGAUGGAAAAACUUACAGCAUCGCUGAGGCCUCUCCCAAGAGGGCUAUAAUGACUGUUAUUCAGAGGGCAGUUAUGGAGCGCAAGGCGAGGAGAAAUCAAGGUGGAAAUGUUAAUCGAAAUGAGGCAGAUCCCAGUGCAACCGAGGAUGAACAAAUCUAUUGGCUUCGGCCUAAGCUCAGACCAUCACCAGCUCAAUCACCUAGUGGGAAUGGAGCUGCUGGUACUCUUGAUAAAAACUGGCUGAAUAAGAAACUCCGACCUAAAGUGACAUUUAAUGAUCUGCCUAGUACGUCUGGCCCUCGCAAUAAGGGAAAAAGAAGAGGUGCCGAGGGUGGACCAGAGGACGACGGUGAUUAUGCCACACUACGCGAAUUACCGUUGAUGACCGCCAUCGAUACCGCCGAUGACUCGACAUCCGAGGAAAACAAGCUCCUGGAGUGUGUUAAUGAUGAUCAAGUAACAUACUACGCCAAUGGCAACCGUGAUCUUCAGCCAUCGGAGGGAGAUCCUUCACCUCUACUAACACCUGAACCUUUACCUGAUCCCAAUAUUGCUCAUUUACCCCCGCCAGGGCCAUUAAAUAAUCCACCUAUUGCCAGUAUUGAUGUCGUUGAUGAUGGUGCUGCUACAUCAACCGCUCAAAAUCCUACUAACUCUCUUCUUCCUCAGCAGUCAACGGGAUAUACGCCACGUUGUUUGCGCCGAGGUGAUUCUGGUAUGCCGCAAGACGAGCUGACACCUCGCUCAGACUCGUCAAACUCACCAGCAACCCUAGAGACAAUUCCCCCAGUAGUAGGUCUAACAUAUGCAUCAGAAUCAGGUUCAACGAACCGCAGCAAUACGAGUAGCAACAGUGAAACGUCCAGCGGAGUCCAUUCAAACGUGAGCAAUGCCUCCCACACGUCAGGUGCAUCCCAUCAACGUCGAGCCACAAGUGUUGACGAUCUCAGUGGAAUACCAGACGGUCCAGGUGAUUUCUCCACAACCAGAGACGAAAAUCAUUGGCGCAGUUGCUCACUCCAGCGUGGGAUACAGCCCCCAUUCUCGCGAAACAAGGAUUUCAUAGCGACAGUUGCCCAAAAUGGAAUAGUCGCGACAUGCCAAGCAUUCUCCCAGUAUAGGAAUGGUGAGACAAAAGCACCCCAGCCCCAGCAGUCGGGCUGUCCAGCCAUUAUUCUGGAGAAUGCCAACGAAGCAACAGUGGUGAUACGCAGAAGAUUAUCAAGAGCUAAAGUAACAGAGCCACUUAAUCCAAACGAUCCCGAGCCAUUUUCACGUUCUACUAACAUGAGAAUGACAUCAUUCACUGAGAACAGUGACAUCAAAGGUGGUAUUCAUGCCUCCUCAGCAACAUUGCCACAUUAUCCGACUCAGCCAGUUGUGCCCACUUAUCCUCAUUGUUCCACAAUGCCUUUGCCUCAUGGCUCACACACCAGUGGAUCAAGCAGUACCUCUGCUGUCAAUGUGUCUGGUAACAAUGGCACUAUCACUGGUUCAUCAAGCAGCUGUGGAUCAGUUCCACAGCAGUCUAUUAAUCAAAAUGGACACACCAUUCUACCACCAAGUCAUACCACACUGCCUUCUCAUCAUAAUGGCAUGAGGCUUAUGCACAAUCCAACAGCUGCUAAUUCAUUCGUUAAAAGAUAUCCACCAAAUCCUAUUCAUGUUCAGGCACAACCCUGGAAUUUGUCAUCGGGACAUCACACGUUUCCCCAAUCACUGCAAAAUAAAUUCUUUCCACCUACUAAUCCUGGUAGCAGAGUCGCUGACAGAGACUCUGCCAAUUUCUCAAUGGCUAGCAGUGGUGAUUCAGAUAUUUGCGUCCAACCCCAUUAGGGCUGUUAAGGGAUUUUCGUGAUAAUUAAGGGGUUAGAGAAGUUUGAAACUUGUUGAGGGUUUUGAGGAUGGAGGAGGGGCUAUUAGGGGUGGUGACGUUGCUUCGAUAGUUGUAUGCGUGCGGGUAUUGUUUGGGUUGAGUGCCAUUAUUCAAUGGAAACACUUCGGAAUUUGAUAAUUAAUUGAACGUGAUUUGAUAAUGAUUAUGAGGGAUGGUGAUAUUAUUCCGGUGGAGUAAUCAACUGAUUCCCUUUUGCCAUGAAAAGAGUUCUUGUACUAGGAUAAAAACCCUAAAAAAGCUAUUCCCAGCUCUCCUUGAGCAUAUUUACAUAUCAAAUGAACAAAAAUAUCUCUGAGAGCAAUAAUUAUGCUAUUAAAAAGUGUUGAAUGCCAAUUCCGUUGCUAAACAUAUCCAUUAUGCGUAAAAGUAGAGGUAAAACGAGUGAGAAAAAUGAAAAUCUGUACUGUAGGGUGCGUCAAGUGUGUUAAACGGAAAAUUAAAUCGAGAGUGAGGGAAUGCAAUUCAAGGAGUAAAUCAGCACAGUAAUUUGAUAUUUAUUCAAAUUCCAGUGACGAUCACCUAGGAGUAAAGAAAAUAAUUGCAUAUACUUGCAUAUUCGUAAUUAUAAUGAGAAAUACGUAGAUGAUGUGGAAAAAAUGUAAUUUGCAAAUCUUCCCCAAAAAUCUUGUGAUUUUCAUUUGAUUUUUCAUGCAAAUUUCGAUCAACUCGGAGCAACGAGAAUUGUAGUAUCGGCAUUAACACUAAAUCAUGUGAGACCCAUCGAUUAUCGCUCAUUUGUUCGUUAUCGUUUAUUGAUAAGAAAUAAUGAAGUUACGAGAAAGAUAUUUUCGACCAUUUUUCCGGCAUUAUUUGCGAUGAUAUCGUAAUGUUGAUGAAAAUUCAAUGAACGCACAUACAAUGACACAAAACACGUACACAGACACUAAAUCAUUAACUCUGUAUGCGGCACAGCAAUGAAAAAUGCUAAAGGUAAUAUAUUUUUCAUAUAUUAUGAUCAAUGAGUAACUGUCAGAAAUGACAAUUAACUUGGAAAAAAAAAAAUGAGCCGUAAUGUGGGAAUUAAAAAAAAAUUCUAGCUAGUUCUUGUGCUCCUUAUCUUUAGGACAUAUCGUGUACCUCGAGACAAAUCCAAAAGCAACAAUAACAAUGUGAGGAAUACUAAACAAUGCUUCGUCGAAUUUAAUCGAUAAUAACUAAUCAUUAAUCAGCAUUAUCACAAUCCGAGAAUCAUCGAGGUCUCUUGCCUCUCUCUAUAUCACAAGGAGUUUCUCCUCUGUUCGCCUUUAAUUCCACCAUUGACGAAAUAAAACGCAGUAAUGAUAAUAAUUCAGUAAUGAAAAAUGAGUGUGUAACACGGUUCGUCGGAUUGGAUAUGAUAAAGAAGCAAUUUUUUUACAAAAAUAUUUUUUUACUGUAGAAGAUGAAACAAAAAAUGGGACUAAAGAUAUGAGAAGAGAAAAUACUUUUACCGUAACUUUUGUAUUGGUUUAGACGGGACUAGAAAACUGCGAGGUAGAGCAUACCCAAUUGCAAUCUGCACGAUAAACAAUUCACACGAUCAAUCGAAGAAAAAAAAUUAAUGUUAGUGUACUCGCACAAUAUUUUUUUUACAUUUUAUAUGAGAAAAAAAAAACCUAUUGUACAUUUAUUUUAAAUCGUACUUAGUUCUUCACCCCUCCUGUGCUUGAAGAGAAUAACGAAUUAUUGAGAAAAAUGUGGAAGUUAUGAAUUAGCUGCUGAGAGCUCGCUAUUCAAGGCACAACUACACUCGAAUAUGAUACUCUUGUACAUAACUAUUGAACAUUAACCUGAGAAUAAUAAUACUUGUAAGAAAAUAUUGUAUAAAGACUGACUAGAAUAUAAUCUUGCUUUGAUAUUUAUUCUAUUGCAACGUGCUGCUGUCCUAAGCUGUUUUAUCAGUCUAAAAGACUUGUCGUAUGUCGACGCAAAAUUACGCUAAACAUGAAUUUUUAUUCACGACCCGCAUGUGCUAUCUAUCAAACGAAAUCUUUGCUUUGAAUUUUAUCUUGUUAGCCUGAAGUAUUUAUAAAUUUGGAUUUCAAAUCGUGCUGUGAACACCACUCGAAUGGUUAUAAAUAAAUAAUAUAAUUAUAAAAUAUAUUAAAAAGGGAAAAAAUGUUAAAGGAUGACAGAUAGGGUUCUAGGAGUUAUUCAUAAUCUUUAUCUUUAUUAGUUUCUAUUAAUUUUAUAUUUAUUAAUAUCGAGGAGAUAUUAAUGAAGAUAAAAAUAAAUUAAUAUAGUUUUGGCUGACUAAUGACUGUCAUCUCGCAGACCACUGACUCAAUUCCUUAUCACAAAUAUUCAUUUCACAUCACACAUCCAAAACGUGUUAAAACCCACUCAACUUAAUAAACCACAAGAAAAUUAACGUGGGUCUAUUGUUUCUGUGGUCUAUUUUUUGCCAAAUGAAUAACUCCAGACAGCUAAUCACCGAAUGGGGGUGACUAUUCAUUAAUUUCAUUUGUUCCUUUCAGAAUAAUUUGUCUUUUAAUUUGAAAUGAAUAAUGCGAUCUGCCACCCGUCAACAAUUUUUUUCUCUUUUUUAUAAUUAUUUUUAAUAAACAUCCCAGUGAUUUCCGCAGCACAAUUUUAAAUCUAAAUUAAUUAAUAUUUUACGCUAACUAGAUCGAAUUAAAUCCAAAGAUUAUGCUCCAGAGAUAGUAUAGCCUCAGGAAAAUCAAAGAGAUGAUGUCAGAAAUUGCAUUCUCUUUAUUUACAAUCUCGUUCAUUUUGUCGGAC